GACGCAAAUGAGCCUGGCACAAUAGUAGGAACAACUAUGGAAUUUAAUUUAGAUUAUGUGAAAAUUCUUGAUGUAAGUUCAUUAUCAUUUGUACAAGGUUUGGAUAUUAGUGUGAAAGAAAGUCCUAUUGCCAAACAUUCAAUACGUGGCAUUCGUGGUCGUUCAAUAUUUCUUCGAAUUCCAUUUAUCUGUGAUACUAACUGCAGCUUCUUUCUUCUGUAA